UUGAUUCUUUCAGCCACAUCAACGGACACCGAGCGUGCAUUCUCACGCGGUCGCCUCACCGUCUCCCGCCUUCGUCAUUCGCUCGCGGACGAAUCUGUCCGCGCGAACACUGUUCUCGGUUCAUGGGCUCGCAUUGCGGACCUCCUUCCCGAGGCCGACCUUGUCGAGGUCAUCCGU